UCUCUCUCUCACAUACGCACCUUCAAAAGCGCAGAAUAGCAAAACCGCCUCUCGAUCCAUCCAUAGCCUGCAUUCCACCUUUCCCUUCCCUUCCAUUCCGAUGCUGAUGAUGAGAUCGCGGAGGACGGGAGAGAGCAGUAGUUUUGGAUAGCAACGGAAGCGGAAUCUUUCUUGUUUCAAGGUUGUUAUCUGAAGCCCCGAACCCGAUCGCAGCCUCUUGUGCACUUGGUUGAUCCCUGGCCGAAACUAGGGCUUGUUUCUUGGAGUGGUGGUGGUGGUGGUCAUGAAGGGUACCGCGGGGCCGCCGAUGAAGGUGUACCAUGAGAACUGCCCCGGAUGCAAGCAGGACCGGAAGAACGAGGUCCAUCGUGGAGUUCCCUACGGGGAGUUCUUCUUCAUUUGGAUCGUCACGCUCUGCUCUGCCUUACCAAUAUCGUCGUUGUUUCCUUUCUUAUACUUCAUGAUAAGGGACUUACAUAUUGCCAAAAGAGAAGAGGAUAUUGGGUUUUAUGCUGGUUUUGUAGGAUCUUCCUUUAUGAUUGGAAGAGCUCUGACUUCAGUAUUUUGGGGAGUUGUGGCAGAUCGAUAUGGAAGGAAACCAGUUAUACUCAUUAGUAUUAUUUCAGUAAUAAUAUUCAACACACUUUUUGGGCUUAGCACGAGUUAUUCGAUGGCAAUUAUUUCUAGAUCAUUUAUGGGAUGUUUUUGUGGUUUGCUUGGUCCAAUAAAGGCUUAUGCUUCAGAAGUUUGCCGAAAAGAAUAUCAAGCUCUAGGAUUAUCCCUUGUUAGUACUUCACGAGGCAUAGGAUUAGUUGUUGGUCCAGCUAUUGGAGGUUUCCUUGCUCAGCCUGCAGAGAAAUACCCAAAUAUCUUUUCAAAGGAGUCAUUAUUUGGCAGGUUUCCUUACUUUUUACCAUGCCUUUGCAUAUCUCUUGUGGCAAUCGCUGCCACUGUUGCAUGUCUCUGGCUUCCUGAGACUUUGCACAUUCAUGACAAAUGGGAAAUUGAAGAUCUGGAGGGUUCACUAAUUAGAUGUGAAACAAGAGAAAGUAGUGAAGAAACUGAGGCUUCUAAAAGCUUGAUAAAGAAUUGGCCUUUAAUGUCAGCAAUCAUUGUUUAUUGUGUUUUCUCCCUUCAAGAUAUGGCAUACUCUGAGAUAUUCUCCUUAUGGGCUGUGAGUAAUCAAUCUUAUGGUGGCUUGAGCUUUUCAUCUCAGGUUGUUGGAGAAGUACUUGCGAUUACAGGUAUCGGUCUCCUGGUUUAUCAAAUAUUUCUUUAUCCACCCUUCGAGAAGUAUUUAGGACCCAUCACUUCAUCUCGUGUUGCAGCAAUAUUUUCUAUACCAUUGCUUGCCGGUUAUCCAUUUAUGUCUAAGCUAUCUGGAUUAGAACUUCAGUUAAUUGUGAACUGUGCAUCCUUCCUGAAGAAUGCUUUUUCUAUAACCAUCAUUAAUGGGUUCAACAUCCUACAGAAUAAUGCUGUGCCUCGGCAUCAAAGAGGUGCUGCAAAUGGUAUUUCUAUUACUGCAAUGUCUCUUUUUAAAGCUGUCGCUCCAGCAGGUGGAGGGGCUCUAUUUUCAUGGGCACAAAAGCGUCAACAGGCUUCCUUCUUACCAGGUGAUCAUGCGGUUUUCUUUCUACUCAAUGUGGUUACACUAAUUGGGCUCCUUCUGACGUUCAAACCAUUUCUAACCCAACCGAGCAACAAAAGAAGUUACGUUUUGUUGGCCACCGAAGUGCAUGCUUGAAGGAGCAAAGACUGCGGCUGCGGCUGCCUCCACUGAUGAAAACUGAUAAGAUCAACCCAUCACAAAUUGCAGGAAUGGCAAAUAAUAAUACCCAUUCAUAUAGUGCACGAAGAGUGGUAACUUCCAGAUGACAGCUUGAAAUAGUAUGUAUCGAUACAAUAUAUAUAUAAUACAUGAUGGAGGUCGAGUCUUCGGAUCAUCUUUCACGACCAGAGUGAC